AUGAUGAUGUCUCGUGUGUUGUGUUUUCUCGCUUUGGUGUUGAGUGUUGUCUCUUUGUGUGGGACAGCUGAGGCGAGUUCUGAUUCUGUUCCAGUUGGUCCUUGUACUGAACCUUCUAAUGGUGAAACUUGCCCUCCUGCCCCUUCUGCUGGUGCCCCACCUCCACCUCCAGGUCCACCACCACCACCUGGUCCUCCUCCUCCUCCUGAUGGUGAGGGUACUUGUGCUUCAGGUACUACUUGUAAUACCGGCCAUAGUAAUUCUGAACCUUCUCGUACUAAUUGUGAGACGUCUACUGGGUCGGAAACUUGCAUUACUAAGGAAACUAAGAAGGAAGACAGUUGCAGUGGUGGAUCUAGUGAUGCACCUUGUCCACAAUCACUACAGGAACCGGGUCCAAGUAUAAAUAAUCCUCAAGGAGAUGGCCAGGUACCUGGUAAACCGGGUCCAAUUGGUGCUCCUGGUAAACCAGGGGAAGCUGCGGCUGGUGAGGCUGUAUCUGGUGGUGGUGAUUCUUUUUCUUCUGAACCUCCUUCAGCUCCUGGUCCUGCUCUUACUCCUACUCUUCAAACUCCUCAACCUCCUGAGGGGAGUGCUGUUGAGUCUUCAGUUGAUGGCCAAACUGGAAGCAAAGGCAAUAAUACACCACGUGAGGGUGAAAAUGGAGAUAACAAUGAAACUGCUGAAACACAACCUUCUGCUGACUCUCCUAACACUUCGCCCACAGUGAGUGGUAAUGGUUCUCAUAAUACAACUGCUGAGAAUGGCACUACAACUGAAGGAAGUGAAUCAACAAGUAAGCCAGAAGGUGUGGAAAAUACAGAUACCACCACCGCCACCACAACAACAACACUUCCUCCUGAACUCACAAACAACAAGAAGGGUGAUGCAGACAGCAGCAGUAGUAUCAACAGUUCUGUGUGGGUGCGUGUACCACUACUGAUUGUGGUUACACUGGCCUGUAUUCUUGUGUGCUGA